AUGUCUGGCCGUGGAAAAGGUGGAAAGGGUCUCGGAAAGGGUGGAGCGAAGCGUCAUCGCAAGAUUCUUCGCGACAACAUCCAGGGUAUCACCAAGCCCGCUAUCCGCCGUCUCGCUCGGCGUGGCGGUGUCAAGCGUAUCUCGGGCUUGAUAUACGAGGAGACCCGUGGUGUACUCAAGAUUUUCCUGGAGAAUGUCAUCCGGGAUUCCGUCACCUAUACUGAGCACGCUAAGAGAAAGACUGUCACUGCUCUCGACGUCGUCUACGCUCUCAAGCGCUCCGGCCGCACUCUCUACGGUUUCGGCGCGUGA